AUGCAGCGUCUGCAGAGGGUUGCCGCACAAGCCUUGGCCCCGCUGGGGUCCCGGCUCCUGAGCACCGCCGAGACCCCCGCCGUGUUCGUGGACAAGACCACCCGGGUGAUCGUACAGGGGUUCACCGGCAAGAACGGGACCUUCCACUCCCAGCAGGCCAUCGACUACGGCACCAACAUGGUCGGGGGUGUGACACCCAAGAAGGGCGGCACCACCCACCUGGGCCUCCCCGUGUUCGACACGGUGGCGGAGGCACGGGCGGCAACGGGGGCCACCGCCACUGCCAUCUACGUCCCGCCCCCGUUUGCCGCCGCGGCCAUCAUGGAGGCGCUGGAGGCGGAGAUCCCCCUCAUCGUCUGCAUCACGGAGGGCAUCCCCCAGCACGACAUGGUGCGCGUGAAGAAGGCACUGAGCCAGCAGAGCGCGUCGCGGCUCAUUGGGCCCAACUGCCCCGGCAUCAUCAAGCCCGGGGAGUGCAAGAUCGGCAUCAUGCCCGGCUACAUCCACACCCCGGGUCGCGUCGGCGUCGUUUCCCGCUCCGGCACCCUCACCUACGAGGCCGUGUUCCAGACCACGCAGCAGGGCCUGGGCCAGAGCACGGUGGUGGGCAUUGGCGGCGACCCCUUCAACGGCACCAACUUCGUGGACUGCCUGGAGCGGUUCGUGGCGGACCCGCAGACCGAGGGCAUCAUCAUGAUCGGCGAGAUCGGGGGCACGGCCGAGGAGGAGGCCGCCGACUUCCUCCGCGCCUCCGGCACUGACAAGCCCGUGGUGAGCUUCAUCGCGGGGCUGACCGCGCCGCCGGGGCGCAGGAUGGGCCACGCGGGCGCCAUCAUCUCGGGCGGGAAGGGUACCGCCGGGGACAAGAUUGCUGCGCUGGAGGCCGCGGGGGUCACCGUCAGCCAGUCCCCCGCCCAGAUGGGCGUCGCCAUGAAGAAGUUGUUUGAGGAGCGGGGACUGCUCUGA